CUCCGGCGAGCCAGCCGAGCCGUCAUAUGACCACGACGCGUGUGGAGCGAGAGGCAGCAGCUGGAGCCGCCGUUGCGCGAAAAGGAGCGACAGAGAGGCGAGGCGAAGAGACGCGCCCGGGCUGUGGGUCGACGCCGCCGCCGCCCUCCCCAUCAUGCUGGCGCUGCUGUCCCGGCUGCUGGACUGGUUCCGGUCGCUGUUCUGGAAGGAGGAGAUGGAGCUGACCCUGGUGGGGCUCCAGUAUUCGGGCAAGACCACCUUCGUCAACGUCAUCGCGUCAGGUCAGUUCAGUGAAGACAUGAUUCCUACAGUGGGCUUCAAUAUGCGGAAAGUUACCAAGGGCAAUGUCACAAUAAAGAUCUGGGAUAUAGGAGGGCAGCCGCGAUUCCGAAGUAUGUGGGAGCGGUAUUGCAGAGGAGUUAAUGCUAUUGUCUAUAUGGUAGAUGCUGCAGAUCGUGAAAAAAUAGGAGGUUCUAGAAAUGAGCUGCAUAAUCUACUAGACAAACCACAGCUACAAGGAAUCCCCGUUCUAGUACUUGGAAACAAAAGAGACCUUCCUAAUGCUUUGGAUGAGAAGCAACUUAUUGAAAAAAUGAACCUGGUUACUAUUCAAGACAGAGAAAUUUGCUGCUACUCCAUUUCCUGCAAAGAAAAGGACAAUAUAGAUAUCACACUUCAGUGGCUUAUUCAGCAUUCAAAAUCUAGAAGGAGCUGAAAUCUCGCCAAUGAUCUCCCGGUUGGCCAUAAUCUCAAUUGUCUACUCCCUCCAUGAUGAAAUCUUAUCCAAGAUAGUCAUCUUGUAUCCAAGAUAGUCAUCUUGUAUCCAAGGAAUUGCCUUUCCCCCCACAGUCAUGCCUCAUGUGCACUGCUGAAGAUCUGUAUUUCUACUUCUGUCAUAAAGAAUUGGCUAGAGUUGUCUUGAGUCGUGCAAAUGUUUUUAUUAAGUUCAUCUAAACAGUGGCAGUGGGUGCUUUUUUUCUUCCCCCAGAAAGCUGCUAUUAAAUCAAAGUGUGUUUCUGCUCUGGUCUUCCUGGGACAGGUUUUUUAUAUUUUGUUUUUCAGCAAACUUAUUUAAUUAUUUUACUUAGUGGCUCAUUGAAGAUGCUGACACGGGGCAGCAUGAGGAUUCUAGCACCACUUCUUGUGUUUAUAAAGCUUUUCAGACACUGUUUCAAUGGGAUACUAGCUUUUCUCUUGGAUGCAUGUGAUUUGUAUUGUAAAAUGGUUUGCAAUGGAGAGUGCCAGGCACUAGAUAUUAAACCACUAAUUACCUUAAGCUCUCAAGUUUUAUUAUUCAUCCCAGUGAAUUAGCAAUGUUAAAUUAUCAAACUUUUUUUGUAUCUGUUCAGGUCAUUGUAAUAACUUUAUAUGAGCUAAAAUCCUUAUGGGAAAUGGGAAAUAGGAUACUUCAAAUUAAAGUGUCAGAACACAUAAGCAGGUGAAACAAACUUAACUUUGGACUUGAGUAACAAUUGCACCUUGUUCCUUGAAAUGCUUUGCGGAAUAUGUACAACUGCAUGACACUCUGUCGCACUGACUCCCAGCACAAAAUAAUUCUGUAUCACUGUCUGACUUGUCCUUUCUGAUCAUGAAAUAUCUGUGCACAGUUGCACUUGGUGCUAGGAAACACCUAGGCUAUUGUGACAACUCUAGGUUUGCCUGCUUUCUCAGUGUGCAAUCAUGUGUAAAGCUCACAGGCUGUGAAAUGUUAAAUGGUGCCCUGAAGCACACAGAGAAUCAUUGAACUGAUCCUGUUUCUGUUAGCUUCUACAGUAGGGUCUCAACCCUGGGUCCCCACAUGCUGUUGGACUACAACUCCCAUCAUCCCCAGCCACAAAGGCCAUGGCUGGGGAUGAUGGGAGUCACAAUCCAACAACAUGUGGGGACCCAAGUUUAAUAGACCCUGCUGUUCCACAGCAUAGAGGUGUAUUAACUGAAAACUACAACACUUCUUUUGUAGCUUUACGUUUUUGGUGAUGUCAAUAUUUAAAGGGACAGACUUGUUAAGGCUGGUUUUGUUCAUACAGUAAUGUUAAUGUAGCCCACUGUAUGCCUAUAAAUAUAUGGUACACCUGCUUGUGUUGCUCCCCACUGUGUGUUGGUUUUCUUUUAAGCAGGACCUGCAAUGUACUUUAGAUGCUAUGCUUGUGGCCCUUGUUUUUGAAAAUGAAAGUAUGCUCAUACUUUCUGUGCCUGCUCCAUUACAAAGGAGGCUCUUGGAGAAGAAGAGCAUCAUACUGGACCAAGCACUACUUAACAGCUACAGUAUGAUUUUCCUUUGCUGCCUUCCAUGUAUGACAGCAUCUCUACAAUCCUGUACAAGCAUUUGUAUUGCUCUUAAGGGCAUCCUGUAUUGUCUUUCAGAGCAGAGCUGUCCAACUUCGGUGCUCCAGCUGUGUUUGAACACAACUCCCAUUGUCCCCAGCCACAGUUGGCAAUAGUCAGGGUGCUGGGAGUUGUAGUUCAACAGCUGCAAGGCCAAAGUUAGAGUAACAUAUGGAAUGUGUUUUGUACAAGCCUGCUACCAUUUCAUCAGAUGGUGAGGGGGAUAAGGAAACAGGAUCAUGCAGUGACCACAAACCUAGCCUAGUUGGUUGUGUGAUCGCACUUGGCCAGUUUUGAUUUUUAUACUGCCCUGCCAUGGCCUUACUGUUCCCACACAAACUACUGUAUUGUUGCACAGACACAAGUCUUGCUUCCAUUUGCAAGUUGAGUUUGCAUAUUUAAUUUCAUGCUUCAAUAAAUCCUGUAUUCUUGUUGGUGCUGUGAGAAGAGCCAAUACCUUGCUACUGCAGUUAUCAGUUCAUCAUGGACUGCUACACUUAACUAGAGCAAUUCUGCUUUGCCUAAAAUGAAGAAGCUGAACUAGAAUGUGUCAACCUUUUUGUGUGGGAACCAAUUAUUGUCUAGGUAACUACCCUAUUGUUGAACUUAAUGUAUCUGGUUACUUUGUGUAUACUUCACUGCUUUCAGCCUUUUGACAUCCAGAAACCACUACCAACCUUUUAACCUGUGCAUUAAUCUCCGCAUGUGAAAAACAUUUACCAAACUUUGUAAAUAAGUGAUUUUUUUUAUUUAGGUGGAUUGCAUUUUGUUUUACUGCUCUUUAGCUUUAUCCAAUAAACUUAAAUUUUCAGGGUCA